GCAGAAGUGUGUGCUCCCCGCUCCCCGCUUAAAAUUACAGGAGCCAUAAGUAGAAGGCAGAAGCCAUAUGCUCUCACCUCUCGCGUUCUCGUCAGUGUUGGUCUGGUUGGUCAGUGUUCAAAUGUGUUUUAACAUCGCAAGGCCACGUGCCGUGAACACGUGCAUCAAUAUUUUCAACGUUCCAAUACCGGGAAGAAUCUAGAAGAGCAAAGAUCGUUCUUCACUCGAUCGCGGACGUGAAUUUAUCUCGUAAUGAUGCAAGGCCGACAUACCCCACCGUCUCCGCCCGAGGUGGGGAAUCUCGACUCGGAUGAGAUGAUUCUGGAAGUAGGCGACAUCGAGGAGAUCAUUGACAUGGACGACUCGAUUUUCGAGAGCGAGGGUUCGUCCGGGAAUGAAAACGAGGGUCCGCCGGUAGACGAGGAUCACGCGCAGGAGGAGGACGACGACGCCGUGUGCGUCUUUCGCGGCCACACACCCAAGUUCACAGUGUUUUGCUGCUCGUUAAGCAAGAACGGCGAGCUGGCGGCGUCGGGGGACGAGAACGACAAGGCGUACCUCUGGAACGCCAACACGGGCGAGAGUAUUUUCAGUACCGGCAACAGUCAUGACGACAGUGUUAUAUUCGCUGAAUUCAACUACAACGACAAGUAUAUUGCCACGGCCGACAUGCGCGGCAAGAUAAAGUUAUGGAGGAUAAGUGACAAGACCUGCAUCUGGGAAACUACUUUAUCGAACGACAUUACUUGGAUAAAGUGGCACCAUUUCAGCGACGUCUUAAUAGCAGGUGUCGUAACGGGGGAGGUUUAUAUGUUGAAGACACGAAAUGAUGAUUGUAAAGUCUUUGCACACGGUACCGGUGAUAGAUCGGAGACCGGAGUAAUUCUUCCGGAUGGGAAACGUGCCGCAAUAGGAUAUCAAAGUGGGACAAUUCACGUAAUAGAUUUGAAGUCCAACACCGUAUUGUCUACCACUCCUCGUGACCAAACACGAUCACGCGGACAUGCAAGCGCUAUCAUCGCUAUUGACUGUCAUGUGGAUAAUAAUCUGUUGAUUUCGGUGUCGCUGCAGAGCCAGACCAUAUUAAGCACAGCGCAUAACGGCAAGGUAAUUUGUAUACUUCAGGAUUUGAAUAGAAAUGAAGCUGGCAAUAAUACGAAUAAUGUAGAAACCGCAGCUUUCUGUAAAGAUCCUACAUUCCCUGCUGCUGCAACUGGUACAGUCAUGAGCGAUAUACAAGGAAAAAUUUACAUAUGGGAUAUUUCUAAACAAAUUCUUAGGCACGAGAUGGAACAGGAAGGAGGUAUCACAAAAUUGGUUUGGAUUAAGACGAUAUUGUUUACAGCAGGAUUAGAUGGUAAAGUAAGAUGUUUUGACGCUAGAGCAGGUGAAUGCCUUCGACAGUUCUCAGGACACAAAGCGGCUUUAUAUGACUUAUGUAUAUCCAGUGGCGAGAAAAAAGCAUUGACGGUUUCCGACGAUAGUACCGCCAGGAUCUUUGACAUUUCGACAGUAUGUUAAUGUGACGCGAAAUAUAGACCAUUAAAAUAUUCAAGGACUUAUGUAUAUAGACAUAUGUAUAAAUUUACGUAUAUUUACAAAAGUAUGAUUUACACAAAAUAUAUAUCUCUGAUAAAACUAUAGAAAAGAGGAAUAUGUUGUUGAAAUUAAAUAAUACGUUCAUCUCCAGAUCAUCGGAGAAUCACUUUUCUAUGUUGCGCAAUCUGCUUAUACUUAAAUUAAGAAUAAAGUUUCAUUAUUUUCGUCUAA